AGUGUACGGAAGCAGCGUGCCUUAGUGGAGGAGCCUGGAUACCGGCGGAGUGGGAGAGCUGCGGGCUGUUUGGGCUGUUUUGAGCUGUUUUUAGUGACAUUGUGGCGGCAUUUUUGCAGUUUAUGGGCAGCCGACAGCGACAUUAGCUGCAUGAAUAAUAUAUUCAAACUGUCUACCCCUCACGAACACUGUAAUCCGUUGUUUCAGUGAGAAAUGGACUCAAACCGAGCAGGCAGUCCGAGGAUGAAUGAGAUUAAAGACUCCACCUGUGGAAGCGACGUGGCCCGAGCUCGGUGGACCAUUCUGCGGCAGGUGUUGAGGCAGCGACAGCUCGACAGUGCUGAGGUUCAACAGGUGUCAGUCCGCAGAUUCUCUUCUUUCAACCUGUUUUCUAGGAUCAAGGUUCCUUCGUUGGAGAGUGACGACCCAUUGGAUGGACAGUGGGUUGAGUACAGAAGUGCCUGCUUUCCCCAGUACAGUGCCUUACUCAGAGAUAACCUUGGGCCCAUCAGAGUAGAUGAGGUGCUCAGCAGCUUUGACAACACCGGAAAUGUCUGUGUUUGGCCUUCUGAAGAGGUGAUGGCCUACUACUGUUUGAAGAAACGUCAAAUGUUUACGGGUUCAUCUGUGUGCGAGUUGGGUGGAGGAAUGACAUGUCUUGCUGGGCUCAUGAUUGCAGUUUGUGCUGAUGUAAAGGAAGUGCUGCUAUCUGACGGGAAUGAGAAGGCCAUCCAGAAUGUUCGAGGUGUCAUCGAGAAGAACAGACAAGCUGGACUCUUUGGCUCCACUGAUGUGUCCAGCAGGGUGGUCAGAUGGGACAGUGAGGUGGAUGUUUCCGCUCUGGAGGGCCACUUUGAUGUUGUGAUGUGUGCUGACUGUCUGUUUCUGGACCAGUACAGAUCCAGCCUGGUUGAUGCACUAAGGAGAUUACUGCGACCUGAUGGUACAGCUUUAGUGUUUGCACCUAAGAGGGGAGAUACACUAACAGAAUUCUGCAGACUGGUGGAGAAAGUGGGACUGUUUGUGUGUUGCUAUGACAACUACGACUCACAUAUUUGGGACCUGCACUUGAAGAUGAAAACUGAAGGGAAGGACGUGUACGAUGAGAACAUCCACUAUCCUGUGCUGCUCACGCUCACCCACAGACCAAGCCCAGGCCUGCUGUGAGCCUGGCAGUGCCAGCCUGCCCUGCUGUGCCACCCGCUGGCUCUGCCACUGUGACCUCCAGGGGUUUAUUCAACCUAGCCUUUUUCACUCCUUUAACCACAACGUUUUUUGGGUAUUGUAAGCGAGUGGGAGUGAGAGAGUGUGUGUAUUUGUAAGAAUGUGUGUGAAUGUAUGUCGUAGUGUAUGUGACUGAGUUGGUGUGUGAACUCAUGCCUGACCUUGUUACUGUGCGAUGAAAAAUGUGUGAAAUCUUUAAACAGAGACAUGGCCACAUGGAACACAGCCAUCCUCACAAACUCGCUGAGUACUUCCAGACGUAUUCAGCAUAACAGAAAUAUCAAUGCUGAAGUGCAUGUCAGCAAUUUUGAGUCAUUAACUUAUAGCGGAUGUUAACUUAUAGUGGGGUUCCACUGAUUCUUCAAAAUUUUUGCAUAAUCCAGUUGUUGAGAUGUAAAUGAAGUAAUUCAGAGUGGUUUGAUGUGAAAUGGUGCAUUUCAGAGAAACCGACUGAUUUCAUUAAGGGGGUGGUGAUAGAAACCGCCAUAAUGCACCGUAAUGCAAAUAUAUCUAUUUUGUUUAUUAUCCCAAAUGACCAGUGUAUGCACACAUAUCUUCUGAGUUUCAUGUGUAAUGUUGAUGAUGGUAAAAUAAUGGUACAUCUGAGAAAAUAAGCUUUCUUUGAUGGCUAUUUUGCCUUACAGUGCCCUGCAUAAUCGCUGCUGGCGGAGCAAAACCUCGCUCUCCAUUUUUGUAAUUUUUCAGUUUUUGGUAUAAUUUGAAAAUUUGUCUUUUUGUUGUUGUUGUCCUUGACAUUGUGUGUAGAUUUUAUGGGGAUCUGACCAAAAGAAAUGGCCUAAAAUGACCUGGAAAGAAAUCUGGUUCCAUUGACAUUAAAAGUAAUAUAUGUUUUUUCUUUCUCCUAUAGAGUUAUCAUAUUGGAGAUACAAGAUUUUGUUCUGACAGCAGUGCUCUCUGGUACAUUUUGGAUGAGUUUUACAUUAUGGAUUAAAAAAUGGUUUUAGGCCCAAAAGAGUAAAAAGAAAAAAAAAAGUUAAUUACUCACAAAAAUAAUCCAUUACAAAUAACUGAUUACUCAUCUCAUUACUCUGUGAUGGGAUUACUUUACUUGUUACUUAUUAUAUUUAGAUGUUUUAUUGUUUGCUUCUGUGUUACUCUAUCAAAAGUUUGGUCUAAUUGGAAAGUACAAGAGAGAACCUGAUCAUUUUAGUACUUUAGUACAUUUAGAAAGAAAUAGCCAAUCACAGUAAACAUCAUUUAAAAUGUGUUAAAAGGCCAGUUAUGCUUGAAAAAAAUGACAAAUUUAGCUGAUGCUGUUUGAAAACAUUUCACCUGGCCUCUGAAAAGGCCCCAGAAGCAACUGCCUCUAAGUAAAUUCUUUGUCCCUCAGUUUCGUAUUAGUGUGUUUAGAUGCUUCGACAGACUGCUCACCGAGUUUACGGCACUCGCGCUGUGCUGCUCUUAUUCACAAUCAAAGUCACGCUGAGGAGGCAGCACAUGCACACACAAGUUUUGUACAAGGACAGACAGGGAUAGUUACAAUCUAUAAUCUACAUUAAGAUAAUGAUGGUUUAAAAUGAAUUAGCCAUAAUUAACACUGUUCUUUGAGAAAUAUGAGUAAGAAAAGUGACGAAAUUCCUAAAUCAGUAACUGUGAUGUGAUUCCAAGAACUGUGAUUACACUGUUUUGUUACAGAAAAAAGUGCUUAUUUUAUUGUAACACAUUACUUUCUACUGCUUUACCUCUGACACUGACUACCAUAAAACAGUGUCUCAGACAUGCUGCACAUUCGUAACCAUUUCAUGUAAUCACUUUCUGUGAAGAAGCUUUUAGAGACAUUCAGUAGAAGAAAAUUGAAAAAUCAGUGGAAUUCCCUUUAAUGCCAUGGCUCAUUGUAUAAUGCGUAUAGGCCUAAUUAUGUAUCCCAAGCAUAAUUAUUUUAAUGUAACUCUGCAUAGCACAUUCUAUUCAUCCUACAACACUGACCAGUUGACAAACAUAAAUAUGGUCUAGUGAUGUUACAUCUAUAGUGUGCUUCAAGCUUGACACUAAAGGCUUUGUGGAGGAGGGGAGAGUCUAGAGCACUUGCUUCACUGUGACCCACUCUCACUGCCCAUAUCUGAGUCCUGUGAGAAUAUGUUUGGUUAACAUAGGGUAUUACAAAAGCUCACAGAAAGACCAUCAACACUGUAUGGAGUGCUGUGUGUUUAACAGGCUGUAUUCAGCACAAUGCAGAAUCAGAAUGAAUUUAAGGUUCACCGACUGUGCAAGAUAGAGGAGGCGUUACGUUUUUAGUAUUUCGAUGGAAUGAUCUGUUAUGGAGAGAAGGAAAUAAAAGGUGCAUUACAGUGUUAAUUAUAUCAAUUUUCCAAUUAUCUGAUACAUAUUGACAUAUCAGUCAUCAUAAAUCUUUAUACACACUGUAUUAAGUUUCACAGGGUCUGUAUGUGAUUAUAUCAGUCAAGGUAUCAUAUCAAGAUCACUUUAAGAAAAGUAUUAUCAUAAAUCUCAGUCUGUGUAGUCUAAGUAUUCACUGGUGCCCCACUUUCAGCAGUUUACGCUGAGCUGCUUCUGACUCAGAUUGUCUGAGUUUCUAUUGGUUUGAGUUUUUCUAAUCAUUUUGUUUUGUUUGACUUUUUUUCUUUUUUUUGGCUUUGUUUUUUCUGAGCUGUGUGCUUCUGCACUGUGACUGUAUUUCCUACCCGAUACACAGAUGAGUCCAAAGUGAUUGUUUUACACUAAUGGAGCAGGUGGUUGUAAUUACUGUGAUUAAAUCAUUAUUUGAAACA